AUGCACACCGCAUUGCACUGUCCAGAAAGAAAACGCCAAACACAGAGCAAAGGGAGUCAGACACAGAGCCUGACAUCCAAAGCACAAUCCAAAAUGCCUAGAUAUCUGCAGAUAAACCUGAACUGCUGUAAAGCAGCUCAGGCUCUGUUGCAUCAAGUAGCAGCAGAAWACGCCGUGGACAUAGUACUGGCAAGUGAGUUUCACAGGRAAGAAGGACCYAACUGGCACGMCGACACAACGGGAAAGGCAGCCAUAGUAAACGCAAACAAAACGAGAUUGAACAACGAGGGUACAGGAGAGUCAGGCUUCAGGUGGGUGUCCGUCCAUGGGCUGAGACUGUUCUCGUGCUACUGGUCACCCAACUCCACGUACCAGGAAUUUACAGACUUCAUAAGCAGACUCGAAAACAUGAUAAGGAGCGAGCCAGGCGAGGUCCUCCUUGCGGGCGACUUUAACGCCAAACAUGUUGACUGGGGAUGUCCGAAAAACGACAAGAGAGGCGAAGCCCUCAUGGACAUGAUCAACGCCACGGGAAUAGUCAUAUGCAACAAGGGUAAAUCUAGCACGCAUAACAAAGGAUCCAUCAUCGACCUGACCCUAGCGACUYCCAAAACGGCUAGCAAAAUGACAAGGUGGGAAGUCCUUGACAAGGAAUCCCUAAGUGACCACUACUACAUACUGUUCGAGAUCGAUCUCGGACCCCCAAGCASCCAAACACAGAGAAGGUUGAAAAUGGACUACAAAAAACUAGAAACACUCCUCGCAUCCGACCGACUGAUAGCAACGCUCAGCGGCCUAGAUGCAAAUCAAAGCGCACUCACCCUGACGGACUCUAUCAAAGCAUGCUGCACGACCCCUCGAAGCGGACAAAAGGCCAGAAAGUCGGUGCACUGGUGGAGUGCAGAAAUAAGCACACUACGACAGACAGCAAACCAUCUACGGAGAGUAUUCCAGAGGAAAAGGAAGAGACACGGCUCCGCUGCAAGCACAGACGAAGAAUCAAGAUGUAAGACGGCAAAAAGAGACUUAGCGCAAGCGAUAAAAAGAGCGAAGGAGUCGGCGUGGAGGAAACUGUGCGACCUUGUACAGAAUGAUACGUGGGGACUCCCGUACAAGCUGGUGACGGACAAACUGAUCAGGCCACCCCCAAUACCGGAACUGGACACUCCGGGCAGGCUACGGCACAUAGUUUAA